GAUUUUCACAGUACGAACAUGUUGAUUUACGAUGUCCUGCACAAAGAGGCAGUGUAUCAUUCGGUUGUCAACGAUCUACGGAGUUACGGGGUUAAGUACCGGUUCAAAAAGAGUAUGUUUAAAACUGAGAGGUCCGAAGGAAUCAAGCAGAUCUCGAAAAAAGUUUUCAAGACUCCGUUAUCAUAUCAGCCGUUGGACGUCGUGAAUCUUUCAUCGGGUGGUAUCGUACACGUACCCGUCUUUGUUAGUCAAGCAUCUACCUUUUUAGAAAAGCAUGCUGCUCAAGAAGGUCUGUUCAGAAAAGCAGGGUCACAGCUUCGACAGAAGGAAUUGAUAAUUCGGUUGGACAGUGGUGGAACCUUGGGGGAAAAGCAUCAUGCAAUCGACGUAGCUAAUUGUUUAAAGACCUUUUUCAGAGACCUUCCUGAACCGUUGAUUCCUUACACAUAUCAUGAUCUCUUUGUACACUGUGCGAUGCUCAAAGCAUAUCGUGUAGAAGCAUUGUUAUUGGCUUGUAUUCUUCUACCACCACAUCAUCUAAAUACCUUGGCAUUUUUCAUGGAAUUCUUACAAAAAGUAUCAUUGUACGAAAAACAAAAUAAAAUGGGUACUGACAAUUUAGCAAAAGUCAUUGGACCAAAUAUUAUGCCCCUACAAGAAGCUACCAUGUCUGCUGUGCAGAUGCGUCUUGAGUUGCAUUUGAUUAUUGUAAAGAUUUUAAUUGAAAAUGCUGAGAGUAUAGGUGUCUUACCGAAUCGCAUAACACAAGCUAUUUCUAUGGAAACUAUUGGUAGUACGGAUAAUGAAUUAGAUAUAUCUGAUAGUCAUUUGCGUUUUAAGUCAAGGAAAAAGAAACAUCGCAGUGGAAGUCUUACACGAAUGUUUAACGGGUUAAAGAAGAUAGUUGGUAAAAGUACUGUAUCCGAUGACGGUAGUAUAUCCGAUAACCAACGAGUUCCAGAAAAUUGUGAUCCAUCACAUGCAUCGAAUACUAAAUCCACAAAGAAGAGGAAAGUUACCGAAAGGGUGGAUCCAUCAAGUACGAAGAAAAAGAGAGUUAUAGAUAAGUCAGACAAAUCUAAAAAAUUAAGACUGAGUUUAGAUCGUUUUGUACCGAAAAAGCCUAAAACUGUCUAUGAAGAUCCGGAAUCGUACACAAACACUAUUGAUGCUUAUACGGAACGCCGUUGGAGCUCCGUAUCUAACACUUGUGAUUCACAAAGAAAAUACAGAACACACAGCGAUGGUUUGUCAGAAUUGAAAUUAAUUUUAAAAGACGGUGAAGUGUCGAAUGAUCUUCACAAGGAAUAUAACAAUUUGUUCACGGAGGCGGAUGUUAAUUUAUCAGAUGAUAGUAACGAGCAGGUCUUGUCAACAAAAGAAGAUAAUAUUAGUACUAGUAAAUGUUCAAGUUCAGAAGAGUUAAAAAUAUUAGACAACUUUUCAUACCCAUCAAGGAGAAGAUUAACUUUAAAUAAUUUCAAAGCUUAUUCGCACGUUGAGCUCACAUCUGUAGAUAAUCAGUCAGAAGAAUACGUUACAAUAUCAAAAAGUGAGUAUGAAGACAUUAAGAACAGAGUUUCUGCAAUUGAAUCUCGGCUUUCUCAAGAGUUUGGAUGCGUGGAUAAUGAAGAAAGCGUCAGUUUGUCACCACCUUCGGUGAAGAAAGUACAAACUGCGUAUGAAAAGACUUUGGAAGAAGCUAGUAUCGAAAGUACAGCGACUACGGAUUAUUUAGCGAGGAGACUUGGGAAGGAGCUUAAAAUUAGAAGAUCCGGUGAACAUAAAAUAAUAAGGUCUCCUAGUGCCCGAAAGAUAGGUACUUUGAGAAGGAGAUCACAGGAACGGAUUAUGAGUAAACGCAUUAGACGGACAGCUUCGUGGCACAUUUCUUACGGGUCGGAUUUACACGCCCAAAUACUGUCCGAUCAGCAGUUAAAUAAUGGUUACCACCAGAAUGAAAAAUCUUAUUCGUCAAAUUGUAAAAGCGACGAGGCUUACUUAAGACCUGUAUCCACUUCUCUCUGGGAAGAAGAGAAGAAUAAUGCCAUUCUGAACAAUGUACGCGAUGAAUUCAGUAGUUUAAAUAUGUAUCCAACGAAACGUAGUCUAACGUCUGUUGGAACUGGAGUACUUCAGCCAAUAAAAAAUCGAACGCACGCGGCUGUGCGUCGAGUGUCGUCUUUCCAUGGUAAUGAACUAGCAAAUACAACCAUUUUUUCCGACGAAAAAAUAGAGAAACUAAAAAAGACAAAUAGUCAACAAAAUAUUAUAAAUAAUACACCCACUAUUGCCACAUUAACUCGUAAACCGAGUUGGAAGAAGUCAACCACACCAUGGAAAGACGCCGAGGGAUAUUUUAAAUCAACAAAUCAAACAAAUACCCCAGUGACUCAAACUGGUCGUGCGUCGAUCGCUAAAUUAAGAACACAAAAUGCUGGGAUGGUAUUAGCUAAGGCUAAAUUAUUUGACGAAUGCACAACGAAAGUGUACAACCAGAACGCUGUUCUAAAUAAAAAGAAUAAUUGGCUUAACAAAAAUGAUAAUCAAUUUACGAGUGAUUUAAAACAUUACUACGAAAGGAAUGAUUUAUGUCAAGAAUCAAGUAAAAAUAUAAAGAAUGGAAACACAAAGUUGAUAUCCAAGAACUCUCAGUGUUGUAUUACCGCGGAGACAGAAGGCUUACUUUUCAAUCAGCAAGGCAAUAAAGCUUGUUACACUUCUCAGGACUCUGAUAUUAAAACUAGUAUACCAAGAGUCAUAAGUAACAUGCACAUUAAUGUUGUAUCUGACAUAGCACAUCAACAGAAAGAAAAUAUAACUGUAAAAAUACCACCUACGAAGCAAAUACCUGUUAAUACAAUCUUGGAUGAGACCAAAUUAAGUGUGUAUAAACCUGAUGGCAGUUCACUUUGUAGAACGCCACAUAUUAAAAAACCAUUAUCUGUAAAGACACCAAAAAGUGCUAAGACGUUGGUAAGAAGGCCUAUAGUAGAUGCUCGAAGAACACCAUUGAAGGCUGUUGGCCAAUUGGGAACUCCGAAAUAUCAGAGUCCGAAAGGUAUCUUGAAAACACCGAGAAGUGUUAGGCAUACUUGA